UCUAUUGAUGCAGCUAGCUAGCGUAGCGGGUAACAGGCUAGCCAAUAGGGAGCUAGCUAGCGGUUAGCUACAGCAGUACCGCUCGGCUCGCUAAACCAUAUUAUCGUCAUUUUUGCAGCUACGUUAAAAUCGUAAAUGUAGCUUAGAUAUUCUGGAUAAAUGUCUACGGUGUGAGAGAGCGAGGGUGGAGGAUUCGAGGCCGUGUUUUUGUGGUUGAGUUGACUCUGCAGGGGAAGAUGUGCAAUGGAAUGGCAGAGUCAAUAUCAAACGCCUUUUGGCCCCACAUCUCAGCCACGAAACGAUCCUGCUUGUUGCUGCUGCUACUGACUGCAGUGUCCACUGGGCAAGGGUCAGGAUGUGUAAGGCCGUACAUGGUCCAGAACAGCUGGGUAAACCUCACAGAAACCAACAGGGGCUCGUUCCCUGUUGGCACAGUGCUGCAGUACAGCUGUGACCCUGGUUACCUGCCAGACGGACCCAGCAUCCUCACGUGCACCACACUGGGACUUUGGACCUCUGAUCCUCCUCACUGUAUACGCAGUGGUGCCUGUCUGCCCCUCUCCAGACCUGAAAAUGGGGGCUACACCUGCCACCCAUCCCCUUGCCGAAUGUUUGCCCAUGGCACUGUGAUUGAGUUCUUCUGUGACGAUGGCUUUGUUCUCAGUGGAGACUAUAACUACCUGACCUGUCAGGAUGGGCAGUGGGAUGGCCCCAUGCAGAUCAGUUGUGUGAGCCAAGGUUGUGUAAGACCCUCCACGGUGCAGCAUGGCACAACUAAUCUGACAGACACCAAUAGGAGCUUGUUUCCUGUGGGCACGGUACUGCAGUAUAUUUGUGACCCUGGUUACCUGCCGGCCGGACCCAGCAUCCUCACCUGCACCCCACUGGGGCGCUGGUCCUCUGAACCUCCUCGCUGUAUACGCAGUGACGGUUGCAUAAGACCCUCUACGGUGCAGCAUGGCUCAACUAAUCUGACAGAAACCAACAGGAGCUCGUUCCCAGUGGGCACAGUACUGGUGUACCGCUGUGACCCUGGUUACCUGCCGGAUGGACCCAGCAUUCUCACCUGCUCCACACUGGGACACUGGUCCUCUGAACCUCCUCGCUGUAUACGCAGUGACGUAUGCCAGCCUCCAUUUCAGCCAGAGAACGGGGGCUACACCUGCCACCCUGCCCCAUGCCAAAGACUUUCUCAUGGCACUGUGAUUGAAUAUUUCUGUGAUGAAGGCUACGUUCUGAAGGGAGACUAUAAAUACCUUACUUGCCAGUAUGGAGAGUGGGACAGUCAGAUGAAGCUCAGUUGCCUCAUGGAGCAAGACCGAGAUCCAACUUUACCAUUAGGAAUGCCCGCCUUGUCCAUAGUGGCAUCCACAGCCAGCUCAGUGGCACUAAUCCUGCUCCUGGUGGUGCUGUUUGUACUCCUGCAGCCAAAACUGAAGUCCCUCCAUCGACGUGAUCAGGGUGUGUCUGGCCAGCCCGUGUCUAUCAUGGUGGAAGGAGUCCAGGUGACCCUACCCUCAUACGAGGAGGCUGUAAAUGCCAGCGGAGCCUCCGCCUCAGCUGUCAGCUCUGAGUCCCGAGUCCAGAUAGUGCUGUCUGAGGGUCAGCAUGCCCCAGCGCCAGAGGCUGGCCCCUCUAGGCCUUCUUCCCUCAAACAGCAGCAGUCAGAGAUGGCUGUGGUGCACCCUGUGCCACCGUCCUCGUCAUCCCCGUCACCCUCACCCUCAUCCUCUACCUGGGUUCUGGAGCACGCAGGUGCUGCAGCCCCUUCAUCCUCACAAAGAAGGCCGUCUGCAGGCAGCGACCAACACAGCUUGUCUCUGGACUCUGAGAUGGACUACUCUGAUGAUAUGCCAUUGCUGAAGGAGGCCUGAAAAAUGCAGCAGCCUUAGGACUUAUCUACUGACCUGUACUGGUGAGCGGAAGGCCUCUUGUGAGUUUGUCAACACAGACGAGGCCAACUUAAGAGGCUCUGAGUGAAGCUGUGGGUUACUCAGAAUAGUUCCUCAGUCCAACCACAAAGGAGAGCAGAGAAGGGAUUUACAUGUACAUACAUGCUUACAUUUUUUUAUAGGAAUUCCUACACUGUGUAUGUACGUCUAAUGUCUGAAGCUCAGUUUGAAAAUGCAGAACAAAAAGAGAAAGGAACAGGCACCUCAUGAGGGAGCGUGUCUUAAAGGCUGUUGAAAAAAAUGACUGAUGUAUUUCAGUUGAAUGGGCAAAGCUGCAAACUCACUUUGGGAGCUAAUAAUCUCCUCAGUGUCUUGUUUACUGUUACUUUUCUUUUGACCACAUAUCACAUCAUUUAGGUCACACAUCAGCAAAGAUGCAUGAAGGCCAGGUAAUCUAGAUUGUUGUCCAAGUCAUGCACACUUAACAGCAUUGUCUUCAAAGAUUUUUGUGGUUAUGAAUCUUUAUUUAAGGUGUUAUUAAUCACGACUCACGCCAUUCCCCACGUCACUGUACAGUUUAAGGCUGCAUGUCCACCCAAGAGUUCAGUCUGCUGCGUUUUUGAUUGGACUGUGGGCAAACAUUUCGAGAGACUUGUUGUUUCAGGCCUGCACUCAACACAUUUCACCCCUGCAAAGCGUUCAGAUGUAUUCUACUCAUACUCGUCCCCUUGUCCCCAAUGGCCUUAGCUUUACACUUCUAUGCACAGGUAUCUAUAAUAUGUACAAUAAGGAAUUUUAAAAAUGAAUGUUAGUGAAAUGCCUCCACUGCUUAGUGAUGUUAUGUGUGGCUUUGUCAGACACAUCACUUGUACACCAGAAAAUAUUAUUCUCUUAAUUUAUUUAGGCUGCUUGGAAAAUUCCUGUUUUUAAGUGUAAACAGGAAACUAAAAGGUGUAUUUAAUUUAUUUGUGUCCAGAAUGCUGUUGACCAGCCAUGGCUUCUUUUGAUGCUUCCACAGCUCUUGUGAACCUUCAAACAAAAGUCGGUCUUUUCACAUUGCCGCUUCAGUUUUGAUUCUAUUGCAGGCACGUUAUAUGUGACACUGUAGACGUGGUUGGGAAGCUCCAACACAAAAACGAGCAAGUGUACAGAUUAGUGUAAUGUCAGUGUUCACUUUGUUUGACUGUCCAUUGAAUUUUCUUUUGGACUGAGGAAUGGAGUUUUUUGUUUCUGUGAAGAUGGUAUUUUAAUAUAUGUAAAAAAAUUUAAGUUAUGUUAACUGUGUAUAUACCAUAUGACCAUUUUGAUUAAAUAUUAUUUGAGGUGUUCAAA